AUGACAAACUUUCUUUUGGCCUGCUCAGAAAUAGCACAACAGAUUGUAGAAAAGUACAAGCAAAAUACAAAGGUAGAUGUAACUAGAAUAAUGAGAGAUGUGUCCCGAAACUACAAGCUUUCCAUGAUGCCCAGAAUGGUGGAUGUUAUUUCCUGCAUUCCUUCUGAAUAUAAAGAUCUAGUAGCUUCGUUAAGAGUUAAGCCUGUGAGAACAGCGUCUGGAGUAGCUGUAGUGGCAGUGAUGUGUAUUCCUCAUAGAUGUCCACACAUUGCACUUACUGGAAACAUCUGCGUAUACUGCCCCGGUGGCCCCGACUCUUCUUUUGAGUACUCAACGCAGUCCUACACCGGAUAUGAGCCCACAAGCAUGAGGGCGAUACGAGCGAGGUACGAUCCAUUUGAGCAAGCAAGAGAUAGGCUAAAACAGCUAAAGAAUCUGGGACAUAGCACGGACAAAGUUGAAUAUAUCAUUAUGGGAGGAACAUUCAUGUCUCUGCAUGACAGCUACAAGAAUGAAUUCAUUAUGAAGUUGCACGAUGCACUUAGUGGGCACAGUUCAUCAACAGUUGAAGAGGCAGUGAGAGCAUCUGCGGAGAGCAAGCAGAAAUGUGUUGGAAUCACUAUUGAGACAAGGCCAGACUACUGUUUAAAGCCACAUCUAAACAAGAUGCUGUCCUACGGAUGCACCAGGAUUGAAAUAGGAGUGCAAAGUGUGUACGAGGAUGUAGCUAAGGACACAAAUAGAGGACAUACUGUGGCUAGUGUUUGUGAAUGUUUCUCGCUAGCCAAGGAUUGUGGAUACAAGAUAGUGGCGCACAUGAUGCCUAAUCUACCAAAUGUAGACAAAAAGAGAGACUACGCCCAAUUCAUGGAGUAUUUUGACAAUCCAAAGUUCAGGAGUGAUGGGCUUAAGAUCUAUCCCACUCUUGUAAUAAAAGAUACGGGGCUGUACGAGCUAUGGAAGAAUGGCCUAUAUAGAAGCUAUUCCCCAGAUGAGUUAGUAGAGUUUAUAGCCAGGAUACUCAGCUAUGUCCCACCCUGGACAAGGGUGUACAGGGUACAGCGAGAUAUUCCCAUGACAUUGGUAAGCUCAGGCGUCGAGCAUGGAAACAUCAGGGAGCUGGCAUUGGCUAGGAUGAAAGACUACAAAACAAGAUGUAGGGAUGUGAGAACACGAGAGGUGGGCAUAAAGAAUAUUCACGAGGAUGUUAUUCCGGAGGAGAUAACGCUGGUGCGAAGAGAUUAUGCUGCAUCCGACGGAUGGGAGACAUUCCUAAGUUACGAGGAUGUCAAGCAGGAUAUUUUGAUAGGACUACUCCGACUGAGAAAAUGCGGAAGAAAGACAUUCCGGCCUGAGCUGGUUGGCACAAAUGAAGAGACAACACGUGGGGAUGAAUGUAACGAAGCUCAUUAUAAUGUUCAGAAUGGCAAUUGCUCUAUAAUCAGGGAACUACAUGUCUAUGGAAGUGCAGUGCCGGUUGAGCAUAAAAGCUCGGAAAGGUACCAGCACAAGGGCUUUGGAUCAAUGCUUGUAUCUGAAGCUGAGAGGAUAGCCAGGGAGGAGCACGAGUCCAGCAAAAUGGCCAUUAUUUCGGGUGUUGGAACUAGAAAGUACUAUGCAAAACUAGGCUAUAUGCUUGAGGGGCCUUAUAUGGUUAAAUAUCUCAACUAA